AUGAGUAGUUCAGUUGGUGGUAUGGAUCAGGUAAAAGAACCACAAGUGAAACAGAAACCAGUGGAUACUCAUGGGCGAAGAUACACUUAUGCAAUACGUAAAGACUUGUUAGGGCGCCAACUGAAUUGCCUUCUGGUGCUGGGUGGUUUGGUGUAUUUUCUCAUAUUCGGCUUUCAAAUAAGUGUGAGAGUACUUGGGUGUUGGGCUCAUUUUACAGAAGAAAACGCGUGUGAUUUGAGUUAUAUCCAGCCAAUAUACUCAAUUAAUACCAUAUAUUCGUUUCUAUGGAUUUAUUUUUUCGGAGUGCUGCCUACUCUAUUCUUAAGAAAGUGGUAUCGAAAUUCUUCCGUUAAAUUAACGACAGAAGAAAAUCUAUGGUGUGAUAUUCGAACUCAUCUUAUUUCUACGCGUACUUACGCGACCAUUUUGACUUAUGUGAUCACGGCUAUGGUGAUUGGUUGGUGCUAUUAUAAGUAUUUGUUGCCGGAGUCUUUCAACCGAUCCUUGAAACUUUUUUUACGACCCGGAGUUGAUUUCAGGUGUCAUCCAUUUCGCAGAGAAUCAUGUAAAGAUGACGCGUUGAAUGAGUAUACGAUGAUUCUAGCAACGAAUACUAUUGGAUUUGGUCUAUGGUACGCGUUAGAUUACAUGAUCAGAAAACGCUUCCUUUUGAAUUUUCCUUCAGUUCAGCUCGAUUGGAAAUCAUUAAUCGAGACAUUAUUGCAAGAAAGAUGCGAGCACCUGGAGAGACUCUAUUCAUUCUUUCUGAAAAAUUAUUCUUUACCUGGAGAUCUUUUGAUUGUAGUAGCGACGUUUACAUUUUUUUAUUGGAGCUAUCAAUUACUGAUGUGGAAGUCAUUUUAUUAUUUAAUACUAUGGGUUGCACGACCUUUCAAAAUCACUACCUAUGACUGGUUGGAUGUUCCGGUGUUCAGUAUACAACUUAUCAAUCGAACGGUCUCUUGUUUGCUUUUUAUACUUACAUGUUGGACUUUGGCACACUGGCUAUUCGAGAACUACUUUACUCGGAAAAUCAUAUCGAAUACUUCCAAUGAGGUUCUUUUAAACGGACUAUCCGCUAAAGAUGAACCAUACAUUCAGAGUCUUGCAUUCCUAGAAUUAUGGCACAUCGCAAGAGACCCAGAAUACAUACCGCGACGCACAAGCAUCUACCAGGAAUACGAAAAAAACACGUGGGCAAACAUAUCACGCGUCUGUAUCGAACUGAUUCUUGACCUAGGACACGCGGCAAAUACCCAAAUACAAACGCAAUACAAAAAGAAUGAUCAGAUCAGACGAUGGCGUGCCGAGCUUAUUCGUGAGCAAAAAGAGAAACAGCCUGGUGGAAAAAGAAGAGCGACACGACCAAAGCUGAUUCCAUUAAAAGAUAUUAAUACGUCGGGAUCUUACAUUCCUCGUGACUCAGAAUAUUGGGAUCUAGUAUGGUUUGAACGAUUGAAGAUGCGAGGCUUUGGAUACCGUUAUAUUGUGUUUCCAUUGUUAAAUAGAACUAUCGAGAGGCGUAGCAUUAAUUUGUUGAAGAAUAAAAAUAUGAUUGUACUUGCAGUCGAAGCAUUAGCCUCAUUAACAAUAGAUUCAUUAACGCUGGAUCAAUAUGGAGUUGUAUCACCAGACAUUUCAAGGAUAUUUGAAUGCAUGCUUGAUUGUUUAAUUGCGCUUGAAGAAUACGCGAAAAAGCCCCCAUUGUAUGAAUGGGAUUCACACACACCUUCAAUAGCUCAUUCACGGGUAUUAGCUGACGUAGUUGGGAUCACAAAUG